AUGAAAUACUUUCGAGUUGGUUGGCUUCCUCUAAUUUUACUUCUAAUUUCUCGAGUUUUUUACGACAGAUUAGCUUACAGUACUGAAUCUCUGAGGUUCUUGAACGAAGCGAGCCAGGACUUUGGUUAUCAAGACUUCGAAACCGCUGUUUAUCUGCAUGAGGUUCGUUUAGCUCUACAAAAAUAUUAGUUUAGGUCUUGGAAAGAGUUCAGAGUCCUGCAGUGGUCUUACUAAACAAGGUAAAUUAAAUUAAAUCGUAAUAACUUGUUUGUCAAGCAUGCGCUCAAUGUGACCCUCAACUUCUUAUGUAAUCUCCGUCAAUUCCACGUUACCAGUAGAGUUCUCGUGUUUGCAUUUGAUUUCCAUUCUUACACCGUAAUUAAAUCAUCUUUUCCUGCAGCACAUGUAAUCCAUUGGAAGAUGUUGGCAUUAGUGAGUGAACAUGGUAAAAAAAUAAAUUAUUCUUAGCAAGAUCCAUUUACUGCCGGAGAUGGGCGAUACCAAUUAUUCCAGUACUUCAGAGCACGGCUUUCUUCGUAUUUGACUACAAAAACUUCAGAUUUCUGGAUGAUCCAAGCUGAUACGAUCUGGAAAAAGAAUUUGUUCGAAAGCGUGGGUGAGUCUUUUUUAAUUUAAUUAAUUGUAAUAAAAAUGGCAACUUUAGAAUACAAUAAGACAGAUCUUCUAUUCGAUCAAGAAGGCGAAUCCGGCCUAUUAUCUGAUAUGAUUGCCGGAGGCUAUUUCCAUGUAAAGUCAAACGAGAAAACCUUUAAAUUCUUCAAAAACAUUGGAGAUACUCUACUUGAUUACUAUGUAACGGACAACAAUUUGAUGACCAGGCAAUGUUACCUCCGUAAAUUUGGAGUAAAAUGUGAUUUUAUUCCAUAUAAGUAAGUUAAAAUACCUAAAGCAAUCCUUUUCAGUGUAAUAGCAAACUGGAGAUAUGAUCCCUCGGAUGAACUCGAAGAACCCGCUUUUAUUCAAUUUGAUGGCGGGGAAGGGGCCGAGGAAAAAUUCAUAAAAAUGAAGAAGACAGGCGCCCUUUUCGUGGAUUCUGAAUCCCUCUCCGCCGAUCCCCGGCUAGCCAGAUGCCUCGCUUCUCCUGAUGUAGACCCCAAAAAGAAAAUCAAAGACAAAAAGGCCAUAAACAAGGCCAAUAUCGUAAUCAGAAGUGCGCAUCAGACCACCGAAUUGCUCUGUCUUCUUAUUCCCCAACUGAGAACUUUCUUUUUAGGAUAUCUUUUCCCGUUUUAUGCUUACUUUUUGGCAAUUUAA